ACGGAGGCGCGCCCACAGCGCCAAAAUUCAAAAUCGCUUAAUGGAGUUGCCGAAAUGUAAAUAACAUUAAUGGAAACAGCGUUGUAGAUGUCAUGGAUUUUAGCUUGUAACCCGAAUAUGAACCAGGAGGCUCAAGGUCGGGUCGGAGUCCAACCGAGCGGAUUUGCCUGAAGCAUUGCAAUAAUAUGAAGACAACCAGUGAAAAAUUAAGGAAUAUCUUAAUGAUCUGACCAUGAGACGGAGCCCAAGGAGACCCCUGAUCCUCAAACGAAGAAAACUACCUUUUCAGCUAAAUGAACCGGCACUGGCAGACACACAAAGCCAGCCUGUGGUACCCAUCUCCAGUGACGAUGCAAAAUCAACUGCCAGUCAGUGCUUCCCUGACGGGAUCAGAAUUAUGGAUCACCCUUCCAUGUCUGAUACUCAAGUUGUUGUCAUUCCUAAAACAGCUGAUCUCCAAAGUGUCAUUGGUGCCCUCUCUGCUAAAGGCAAAGAGUGCGGUGUCCAGGGCAGAAACAAGUUCAUCCUCUUAAGUGAGAGCAGCAGCCGGGACAAUGGGUCUCUUUGUCAGGCUGCAGCUGGAGGAAAACCCAUUUGUAGCAGCACAGCCGGGCAGCCAGAUGAAGGUGGAACCAUACACAACUCCCCCGAUGCCAAACCCCUCACUGGAAUCAAACCAUUGAAUAAGGAUGCAAAUGGCAGUCCUUUAGAUGACAGCCUCACCAAUAUCCAGUGGCUGGGCAGAAUGAGCACGUGUACCUUGCAGCCAGAUCCUUCAAAGCAGACCAGCAACAAGGAGAACCAAAUCCCAUCAUCGCAGACUUUACAGGCAGACAGCACACCUGCCAACCCAGAAGCUGCCCAGCAGCCCAUGUCAGAGAGACCACCGUACUCCUACAUGGCCAUGAUCCAGUUUGCAAUAAACAGCAGGAAGAACAGGAGGAUGACGCUGAAAGAGAUUUACAUGUGGAUUGAGGACAAUUUCCCUUAUUAUAGGGAGGUGGCCAAACCAGGAUGGAAGAAUUCCAUUCGUCACAACCUUUCCCUGCAUGACAUGUUCAUCCGUGAGACAUCACCAGAUGGCAAGAUUUCUUUCUGGACCAUCCGACCAGAUGCUAAUCGAUGCCUCACUCUUGAUCAGGUGUACAAGCCUGAUUCUGACCCAACCACUCCUCCUGUUCCAGGGCCAAUGCUUUUAUUACCUCACCAACAACAAAAGAGGAUGAUCCCCGAUGCAAGAAAAAUCCCAAUGAGCUCUGAGAGAAAGAUGAAACCUCUUCUCCCUCGAACCGACUCCUACUUGGUUCCCAUUCAAAUCCCCGUUGCCUCCCCGGUCUAUCUGCCGUCCUCCUCGGCCUCCUUCACCUCCAUCUACUCCCAGCAGAGCCGGAAUGGCGCGCGGGCAACCAAGAGAGUUCGCAUCGCUCCAAAGGUGACCCAUAGCGACGUCCAAGCGGCGGCCGCGUCUCCUGGCAACAGGGACCUGAAGGUGGAGGUGAAGGAGGAGCUGGUGUGCGUUCCCAUUAAGUGCGAGACUCCCAGAGCUUCCCAGACGAGACAAGCCAGCAGCUCCCGGCGCAAACAGCGCCUGGUUCACUCCCUGGACGAGGAGCCGCUCCUCCUCUGCCCAGACAACACCUUCUUUGACUCUGGCGUGGCGUCGGACGCUUCGGCGUUCCACGACGCCCCAGACGCCGAGCGAGACAAGCACCAGCCUGGCCCGGAGAGCCCCGACCAGGAGUAUUCCUUCAAGACUCCUAUAAAAAGCAGCAGCCACCUCAGCUCCUCCACCCCCAGCAGGCCCGCUUUAAAUGCUAGUGGUGGCGAGCCGUGGAAGGGGACCCCCGCGGGUAAAGGCGAACAGAGUGUCCUGGAUGUCAGCCCCAUCCGCACGCCAGGGGGCCCCGCGCUCACCCCUCGCCACGACUACACCACCUUCAGCUUCAGCAGCACCCCCUUCAAGGACCUGCCUCUGUUCAACUCGCCCAGGGAGCUGCUCACGUCCGCCUCCUCCAGAGUCCCCCGGGCAGCCGAGUCCCCCGUCAGGCCGCUGCUGAGCAGCUGCUCCAGGGAGCUGCUCACGCAGACGGGGGCCAGCACCCCGGCCAACCGCUCCGUCACCGAGGGCCUGGUCCUGGACACCAUGAACGACAGCCUGAGCAAGAUCCUGGUGGACAUCAGCUUCUCCGGCCUGGACGACGAGGACCUCGGCACAGCCAACAUCAGCUGGUCCGAGUUCCUCAAUCAGUUUAAGUAGCUGGAAGGCCGGUUUGCCUAAUUGUGUUGGACGGCUGUUUUAUUUUAUUCCACAAACACUACAUGGGGGAGCAUACACACUGAUACACACACAACUGCCAGCAAGUGCAGAUCUGAGUUCCAGCCAUCCCACGUGCAAGUUGAAGACAACUGUGGGUAAAAUUCACAGUUUGUACAGAAAUCCAAAGGCUCAAAUUUCAGUCCCUUCAGCAGAUAUGAAGUCUUUGGCAAAGCAUUGUUUGUGAAUUUUUCGCUCACAUUUGUCAAAUUGAAUGGACCUCAGUGGACAGACUCCUCAAAAGUCAGCUUCAAGGGACACUCAGUGAGGCAUAUUUUUAAAAAGAUUUGAUAUAUUUUUCUAGCCUGUAACAAUGCUUGUCAGGUCACAAAGGGGUUCUGAAAGGUGGAGUCGCCUUCAGAGCUGGUCCAGAUCCAUUUUGGUUUUCUUCCUCCUGCUUCGCUUUUUCCUGGCUGCCUCGUGGAAUGAAGUCUUAUUUUUGACAAAUUAGAGGGAGACUUCAGUUAGAGUAACCAAGUCAGAUUCUAAAGCUGCUCUUUUGCUCGGACGGGAUAUUCCUGGUUAAUUCUUUCUUUCUUUUCCUCCUCAUCUUUUUGUACGUGAAGAAUUUUAUGCCCCCCCCCCCUUUUUUUUUAACAAAUAUUAUUUAUCCCUGCUUUGUAUUUGUCUGUCUUUCAAAGAAAUUGCUGAGAAAAGAAAUAUGUAUGCUUAUACAUAUGUUGAUUUGCACAUUUUAAUAUAUGAUCUAUAGU